AUGUCGGAUUCCUCUGACUCGGGAGACGAAUCAUGCUCGACCUUGUUGGACUGCCCACAAGAUUUCGAACUACCUGCUGCUUCUUAUGGAACGUUUCCCACCCAAAAGAAUGCAUCAUCGCAGAGACAAAGUCAACCAUUUCAUCGAAGCUGGGCCGCAGGGCCUUGUGUGAAGUCUCCGCAGCUCUACCUUGUGGAUGCUGAAGAAGCCACCCACAGAUACAGAUUAGUUCCAGCAGAUAUUGAGGUCGGCCAGAGACCAGCAUCUACUUCCUCUACUGAUCCCUCUUAUGAGAUAUCGGAAAGCAAGGAGCUAUGUGCUUGGGUGAUAUCCUCGACUGGGAUGAUGCAAAAAGCUCAGCCCCUAACACAGGGAGCCUACGAAAGAUCCGAGGAGACUCUUACCAGCCUCAGGUGUAACGAUGCAAGGAUUUUUACAAGAACAAUACGGGACUCGAACCCGGGACCUAUGCGUGCGGAGCUAUUCAAUCAAUGCGAUGACAUUCCCCGCUACGACACAGGCCUUGGGAUAGUAAUCGCACCUCACAAAGUGCCCGUCACGUGCUGA